GUACAGUCAAAGUAUUUUAAAUAUAAUGUCAGUUGAUAUAGUCUAUUUUCUCCAUUUGAAUAAAAUGCUUAUUAUAGUAGUAAUGGACAUUUUAUUAUGAUUGGAUAAUUUACAAAAAAAAAUUAUUAUUAUUAUUUUUUGAUUGGGAAAUCGAAAUAAUCCUAAACACUUUAUAAAAGCCCAUUAGAUUAGAAAGUUGACAAUAGUAAAACAAACAAUCAAAAAUUCUAAUCAAGUUGCCUCAACAACAAAAAAUAUAAAAAAAAAUAAUAUUAAUAAUUUAUUCAAUUGAAAGUCUAUAGUUGGAUUAUAUUAUUUAAUAAAUAAAUAACUUAUUAAAUCAUUGAAAUUUCAUUUAUCUAAUUAUAUUAAUUGAGGAUAAUAUCAUAAUGUCUGAAUAUUAUGAAGGCGAUAAUUCAUGUGUACGUUGUCUACGUAGUUCACCGAUUGCAUCUUUAGUUGGUUUCAUUAUUGUAUUAUUGGGCGGUGGCGCUUUUGGUGGAGCAAUCAUUUUUGCAAGACGUUAUUUAAUUACACUUUUAAAUGCUCCUAAUCUAUUCCCUUACUUGGACUAUGCUAUUUAUGGUUUAGUCGGAGCCAUAGGAUUAUUCUCACUGUUAGCCUACUUACUAUGUGCGCUGUCCUCCGGAUGGAAUGCAAAACACUACUUUGAAAGUAGUCGAAAAGCAUGCUGCGGAAGAUGCUGUAAUAUGACGCUUAUCAUACUUUUAGUGACGGCUGUCAUAUUAUGGUCAGCUAUCGCAUGCCUAGUUAGUUACCCAGUCGUCAGUAUUGCGCUCUUGUUAUACCGAAAUGAAGGACCUAGUCGUUUACGACUAGCCUCUGUCGGACAAAUGACUUCAGCUUACCAUGAUGGUCAAGGGAAUUUUCUUAACCCAAGCAGUAGUUAUACACGUGAAAUGUUCAAUCCCAAUGGGAAAAUAAUAAGACGACGUGAUACAGAAGAAUGGUUUCCUAAUCAUCCUAGUGAUUUCGAUACAGAUGAAAGUACUGUAGCUAUACCAGAUGAUAUUCAAGAUAACCUUCAAACAGAUCCAUCUACUUUAAGUAGAGAUCUAACAGCUACGGUGACGAGUCCAAAAAUGGUCGAUCAGCCACCACCGGUGAUAAGUUCAUUUGUUGAUGACAAUUUACCAUCAUCGUCAAUACCAUCAAAAUCGUCUUUAAAACCUUUAUCAAAAAAAAUUAUAAAACAAGUAAUGAAUGAUGCUCUUAGUAUUCCAGAAUCUAUCAAAUUGUUUCAUCAAUGUAGUCAAGAGACAUUUGAUUUAUCUUAUUACGGUCUAUACGAUGCCAACGGUUUACCGAUACAUAUUGCACGAGCUAAUUUCUCUGAAAGAAUAUAUGAUAUUUUAGUCUGUGUAAUUCUCGCUAUCGCUGGUAUAUUCCUAUUACUGUUCGGUUAUAUACAAAUAAUUAUUUGUACUGCUAUGAAUUAUGCUCGAAUGCAAGAGGCUAGAUAUUAUGAAACAUCUGAUGUUGGUGAAGAAGGUGUUGCAUUACAACAAUAAAAUACACUUCAUAAAAAUAAUUCUAUAAUUUCAUUAAAUAUGAUUCAUUAUAAUUUCAAUCAUACUUUCACUAUCCUUCAUAUAUACAAUUAUCUACUUUAAAAUUUACCAACAAUAUUAAUGCAUAAAUAUAGGAAAGAUGAUCAUUGCACAUUGUAUAGUUAUUUGAAUAAAACAAAGAAUAAACACUUCCAAAAGACAGUUUUCUCAAGAACAAGAUAUCUCUAUUUGUUCCAGAAUAAUCAAUAUAAUAAUAACAAUCUUCUUUAUCAUUAACUUACGUAAUAUCUCAUUAUUUACAUCCAAUUUUAUGUUUUUACUUUUAAAUCUAUCAUUAUUCAUGUUGUUCUUUUUUGUACUUUUGUUGUCUGUCAUGUUUGUUUGUUUGUUUUUCUCUUUUAAAUAAUCAUGUAGUUGAAAAAUAAAGAAAAAAAAUAAAGCAAACUAAACAUUAUUUAGUUGCUUAUUUUUUCUUCUCUGUUAAAUCAUUCCAUAACUUUUCAUCAUUUACCAUCUAAAUAUUAUUUCCUGUUAGAUAAUCAAAAGAAACAAAAAUACUGUUCAUCAUUUGAAAAUCUAUACGCUACAUUUUGAUUGUUUAAAUGACGUUCAAUGUUUCAAUUUUAAAAGAAACGAAAAUAAGAGGGAGAAUGAUUUAAUGAUAUUGAUUUGUUAAAAAAAUAUCUUAUAUUUCCGCUUUUUUUAUUGGAAUUCAUCAAACUGUAUUGCUUAACGCUUUAAUUCAUUUUACUUUAUUUAUAUUAAUUAAAUAGUCAACAUUAUAGUAACAGACGAAUACAUAUAAAAAGCUUCUUUAAUAUGUUCGAUAUAUAUAUAUAUAUAUAAACAUAGUUUUGUAUACAACAUAUGAAUGUUUAUUUUUACCAUUUCUUUGUUUGGUUCUUUUAUUGAUAAACAAUUAAUCAAUAAUAAUUCUUAAUUAUAACUUUUUAUUUACACAAGUUUAAAGUUUCAUAAUUUGAUUUUUUUUUUUGGUUUUGUUCUGUUGUUGUUCAAUUUUUCAUAUAGUUAAAACAAUAAUCAAUGAUACUUAACCGAUGAAUGUUCAAUUAAUAAUGAGAAUUAAAUACAUAUGAAGUUUGUUUCAUAUUAUUCCUCAUUCCCUCUCUACUAUGUAUGUUUGUGUGUUUUCUUUUAUUUUUAUUGUGCUUGUUUAUUUUAAUUGAUUAUUUUCUAUAAAUUUUUGUUGUUUUUUAUAAGAAUAUUAUUAUUACUAUCAAUGAUAACAAUAAUAAUAGUAAUGAAGUCAGAAGGAGUUUUGUGGAUAUUAUAAUAAUUUCAAUA